UGUGUGUGUGUGUGUGUUUAUGGGGGAGGAGGAAACGCCGCUGAAACCUCCUCUGUCAUGAAGGACAGGUCGGACUGUCAGCAGCAGGCCUGAACACAUCCUCCCUCCCUCCGUCUGGACGGUCGCCAUGGAUUUCGUGCUGAGCGGAGCGGCGGCCUGCGGAGCCUGUCUGUUCACCAACCCGCUGGAGGUGGUCAAAACGCGGAUGCAGCUUCAGGGAGAGCUCAAGAGCCGGGGCUCCUACCAGGUUUACUACCGCAACGUGUUCCACGCUUUCUACACCAUCGGGAAAGUGGACGGACUGGCCGGCUUACAGAAGGGACUGGUACCCGGGCUGGUCUAUCAGUUUUGUAUGAAUGGAGUCAGGCUCGGCUCGUACGCCAUUAUUGAGUCCUCUGGUUACAUCCACACUAAUGGAAGGGUCAACGCGGCCAAAACCAUCACAGCAGGGGCUCUGGCUGGAGUGGUGGGAGCCGUGAUGGGAAGUCCUGUGUACUUGGUGAAGACUCAUCUGCAGAGCCAGGCUACCUCCUCGAUUGCAGUUGGGCAUCAGUAUCAACAUCAGGGGAUGGUGCACGCUCUGUCAGCCAUCUACAGACAGCAUGGCAUUCUGGGACUGUGGAGGGGCUCCAGUGCUGCUGUGCCGAGGGUCAGCGUGGGGUCCGCUGCACAACUCUCCACCUUCUCCUCCUCCAAGGAGCUUGUGAUUGACUUACAGGUGUUCCCAAAGGACAGCUGGUUGGUGGCUUUGAGUGCCGGCAUGAUCAGCAGCGUGGUGGUGGUGGCGGCUAUGACACCUUUUGAUGUCGUGAGCACGCGGCUCUACAACCAGCCUGUGGAUCAUUUGGGCAAGGGUCAGCUUUACAAAGGAUUCCUCGACUGCUUUACAAAGACGCUGAGGAAGGAGGGCCUGUUGGGACUUUACAAAGGCUUGGGAGCCUCUUAUUUCCGGCUGGGCCCACACACCAUUCUGUCUCUGUUCUUCUGGGAUGAACUACGCAAAGUGUACCAGAAGAUCAGAUAACACCAGGGACAAGGAAUCUGGAAUGGGUAACUCAUUAAGCUCUGAGUGCGCAGGUUAAAUUAAUCCUCAUCCAAUGAGGAUACUGAUAUGAGGUUAAAGGAUGGUGGGAACAGAAGGGGCAAAGGUAGCAUUUUACAAUCCAAUAAGAGAACACAUCAUUACAGUCAAAAUGUGUCAGGAAGAAGGCAAAAAUGUCAACACUGCAUAUAUGAAAACCCACAUAGGAACUUAACAGAUUACACAAUAGACCUCAUAUACCGUAUAGUAUAUGUCAAACAUCAUGGCUCUUAUAUAGCUCUUAAACACCUCAGUUAUGUCAUUCCAAAAGAUAUGUAAAAACUGCACUCGACACAACUCUGAACUUGGAGAAAGCAUCAAGUGUGGCUCACAGUUUUAGAAAAUGAGGAACUCCAAUGUGAAAUGAUUGGUGCAAAUUGUGGCAGCUGCUCCGUGUAGUUAACACAGGUUAACACGUAUGUGAUGAGGUAGGGGAACAAGGCAUAAAGUUUGUCCAGUCAAAGUGUCAAAACAGGAGUUAUAGGCAACGUUUUCAUGAAUGUUUGCUGUGUUACACCCAUGGGGUGUAGUGAUGACCAACAAAAUGAGUCAUUGCAGUGAUUUGCAUAAAGUGAGUCUACUCCCAUGACAGGGAGGGAGAGAAAUGGCAACACAAUAUGAACCUGUCUUACAUUUUUAUAAGUCCUUGAUGACUAAUAAAUAAUGCAGCAUAGGUAAUCUGGUCUUCUUCUCUAUGGCAAAAAUGAGAACAUGUCAUUUUAACAUGGUGACAGUAAAAUAACUCUCCACGUCCACUUGAUAAGACUACCUCCAUGUUCCUUAUUUUUUUCGCAUAUUAAUAGUUGUAAGAUUUGAACCAAAGACCAGCGUACUGACAUGUACAAACACAGUUUAGCAAUUUCUUAAUUUAUGUUUAUUUUUAUAGGGACAGAUACACAAAACUACAAAUGUAACUGAAAAGAUUGAAGUCCUGUAGCUAUAGCUAAUCUGCAUCGCUCACACUUAGAGGUGCUUAUCUGACAAAAUAAAUAUACAGUGCAAUGAAAGUGCACGAUGAAACCCCCAACAAUGACUACAUAAUGCUAAUUCCAGUAAACGAACAGUAAAAGAAGAUAAGGAACGACCUGAACUGUAAUAAAACUGAGUUUUACAUCUACCUGUGAAUGCACCUCGAUAAUAGAGCCAGAAACACUGAGAGGAUUCACCUCUCUGAGCACCUUAAGGAGAUAAGUUCCAUGUUUGCAUCACACAGGUACAAAAAAAUGUCUUUCAUAUAGGUGGUGGUUAAUUGACCUGUUUCUGCUAAUCUUUCUCUGUCUAUAUUAUAUAUUAUGAUUGAAGUAUAAACCUUUUUAAACUGAAAAAGUAAAGUUAGUUGACUUUAAGUUCAUUAUUACCAUCUGUGUGUAAUAUAAAUUCUUACAGUGUGUGUUUUGAGAAACGUCCUUCCUGUCUGAGUAGUAAUAUAUUUUAUAACAAUUACGUUAUUAGUAUUGAUUGUUCUUUUAUUGACACUAACUUUAACCCCUUAUUGAUCAUAUAUCAGUGUGUUUUCAUGGCCUUUGAAAAGUACUUAAAUCCAAGAUAAAGGUUUUUGUUUUGUUUUUUUUUAAAUUAAAAAAAAAAAAAAAAGAUCUUAAAGUAUGAAGUCAUUGAUGUAAGUGAUGAUAUGAUGUCCAGCAGGUUAUUGGGCUGGGAGCAGAGGAGUUCACAUUAACAUCAUGUACAUAUUGUAAUUUACAUUCUCCAGGCCAGCAUGAGCUUCCUCAGUGUUACCUAGUUGCAGUGUAUUAAAAUGAUGAGUCAUGGUUCUUUGUACAGUUUAGCUAAAUAGCACCAUGAAAUGGACAUUUUAAACUUUAAAGUCAUCCAUGUUAUUGACAUGAUAACUUGGGUGAAUUAUGGGUGCAGCUACAGGCAACGUUUUCCAGUGGUAACAGUUAACUAACAGUACACAUACCUGUUUUCCUCGAGCAAAUGAGAACUAAAACACCUCACCUCAGACUGGAUAAUGUGAUCAUACCUCUCAAAGCGUCUGUGUUCCUUUUUAACCAAGCGUGUUUGAGAUUAGCUUGUCUUGCUCCAUUUACAUAUUGUUAGUUUAACAGUGCCUGAGCCAGUGUGCAGUAAACAUUUACUCCCUCUAAAAGAUGAUUUAUGAUUUAUGAUGACUCAUAAACAGGCAGUAACACAUUCAGCAAACAUUUAACAUAAUUCUGUUGUAAUUUUAGUUUAAUUUAAAGUCAUGAUGUUUCCCAGCUGAUGCUCCGCUUGUCUGCCUUAAACAUUUUUAUAACUGCUGAUUUAUGAAAUUGGAGUUUUACUGAGUGAGACAUGAUGUUGAAUUUAGUAGCAGACAGCAGUAAUAUAAAGUAUUAGUAGUUAUAUGAUAUGACAUAAUUACGGAAAAUCAGUGACACGUUCUCAGCCUAGGUGACUGAUGUGAACACACAAUUCAAGGUAUGCUGCUGGGUUCAUUUUUUAUAACAGGAAAUUUUCCAAUGUAGCUUGAGAAUGCAGUCAGACAGGGAAAUUCAGGGACAUCAUGUACUGAUGUUGAGUUACAGACCUGUCAUCCCAGGUGUCAGCCUCUUCUGCAGCUUCUAAUACAAUGCUUCUUUUAUUAUGUCUCAGGUCAGCUGAACCUCAGGUUACAGGAACAAUUGCUUUUUGUUCUGGCGGCAUGUUGAACACACUUGUUGAAGCCACAAAUUUAGUUCAAUCUGGUUGUACAGCCGCAGACAGCAGAGCUCUGCAAAGACAUUUUAGAAUACGCUGCUCUCUAAGGUGUGAGCCAGAUUUGAUGCUUUCUUCAUAAAGUGCAGGACACUCUGCAAACUGGUGAGACUUUAAUAAUACAUUAUUAGUUAUUAGUGAUUUCAGUAGUGACUGAACAGCUUUCAACAUGCGAGCAGUGCUUGUCAUGACACUUGUGAUAAAUGUACAGUAGCUUUAAGAACACAGAUUCGUCCUCUUAACUUGAGUAGGAUAACACAGGAGACAAAUGUUACUGGAGUUUAUUUUAUAUUAUGAUGGUGAAGUUUUUUCUCUCCUGCCGUUGCCGUUUUUAUACUUGACAAGCAACUUGCAAUGACGCUUGUUUGUACCGUGAACAAUGCGUGUGAUUUAUCAUGAGUAGUCCAGUGGGCUAGGACAUGGUACUUAGCAGCAGUAUUAGCUGUACAGUAUAUUUCAUACACUUUCAGAACAAGUAUCAUAAGUAAGAUGGAUCAAGCAGACUUUAAUAGUCUUUCCAAUACCAUUAUAAAAUCCUUGAAAUGAUAUUUAACGCAUGUCGAACCAGAAAUGAUUCCUGUCAAAUAAACUUUGUGCCAAAUCCUGUGCCAUUUGUUUCGUUCACAUCAAGCCAACCACAAUUUCUGAUGUUUCAGACACCAAAAAGUACUGAAAGUACCAAACUGGCUGAUGACUCCUUAAAAGAAAAA